UGGCGUUUUCUCUGUCACUCUAACUGUAGCUCUUUAGACUGGACGGUUACAAAGUUGCCAUAAUUUCUGUUGUUGUCGAUAGUGUGUAGCCGUUGUUGAUCUUUCGGACGAGAAUGUACCAUGUUGUUUAACUAUGUGGAGCUGCUGUUACUGUAUCAAGAGGAUAGCAUCUCAGAUGAACCAGUUAAGUUACAGCCAUCAGCCCUCUUCAACUUGGAUUCAGUCGUUCAGUCACACAAAUGCAACAUGGAUUUUUAUAUUAAGAUAGCAAGACAGUUUCUACGUGUGGGGAAAAAGAACAAAGCUCUCUCCCAUUCAGCCAGUUUGGAUUUGUCGGCACAAUUUCUGGCCAUAGAUUUGGGUCUGAAACCUGCAGUUUUAUAUGACGUCAAUGGCGCAAGCCCGAUACAAGUCCAUCAUUUUAUGAACGCUUUGCAAGAGGAGGGCUUUGUGUCGUCUACGCUUCGCACAGUAGUGAUUGGUGGCAAUAUCUUUAUAGUGAACCUCGACAAGAUAAUUGUACACUUAAAGGAACUACUUCUGAGACACAGCCUGGUGGUCAUUGACGUUUGUCCUUCACAGGUACAGCCUGUUGCCUUUGACAUCACGUUGGGUGGAAUUAAGGACAUGAUCAAAGCUAUGCUGGAUUAUUUUAUCAAAGAAUCUAUGAACCAAGAAAGGAAUUCGAUUCUUGAGAUAGGAGAGGACUUGAUCCAAAAGUGGAACCUUUGCACUCUCUUCGGAGUUCUCCUAGGCUACCCUGCCACCUAUUGGUUUGACCAGGACAAAGGCUUUGAUAAUUGCCUGAGUCUGGUGCCUCUCUUGGUAACCAAAGUUUCACUAACAUGGCAGACAGGUGAUGGACAACAUCAGUUUUGCUUGUUCUCCUUCAGUAUCCCAGAGGUUCUGUGGACACAGGCCAAAGCCACAUUUGAGAGCUGGACUCAGAAUCUGCAGCAGCAAUUUAACAAACAGACUGCUUUAUCAGAGCUUAAUAUAUCUCAAACACAUGUCUCAUUACCUGCUGUAACCCUCUAAAUUUCACACUUUUGUUGAUUAUGGAUUGAUUGUUUUGAUGGUGAGGUGUGGUGUUGGUGUGACUGACUUUUUUUUUUUAAAGUCACCUCAUAUAUUUUGAUAAAUGCAGUGUGGUGGGGAUGCUUAAAGUAUAUUAAAAAUGACAUGAGUUAGGCCUAUUUUAAAGGAUGUGUAUUUUUAAACUUUACAUAGACUUCUUCCACAUGAAAGGCAAUUUAAUAUGUUUAAUUGUCAACUUCAUUCAAUAUCCACACAUCUAAGAAUUACC